UAACUUCAGACGGCACGGCAUCACAAAAAAAAUAUAAACAAAAUACAAAGUUGGAAAAAAUUUACGGAGACAAUUUUGUAAAUUUAUAACAAAAUAUCUUUAAUGGCAUCUACUUCGCCGGAGCGUAAAUUAGCUUCUGUAUUGGAUAGUUUAAUAGACUCGGAAGAUGAAGGAGAUCUUUCACCUCCAGUUGAAACAUUUAAUUUUCCAAGCAGUGAAACUUGCUGGGUAUGCAAUGGAUACUAUGGUCCCAAUUUCGAUGAACCCCUCUGUGGGACAUGUCAUUCGUUUCUGUAUCCCACUAAUCCAGCUGAAAAUGUUCUAACAACUUUGUCAGAUGACGAAGAUUCGGGGAAUGAUGAGCCUCUGUACAUCACUGCCGAUAAAGACAAACAAGAAGAAGCCGAUGACGAUGCAGAUGACAUUGAUCCCGAAGAAUUGCCAAGUGGAGCUGAUGAAGAAGAAGAAGAUGAAGAAGAGGAAGAAGUUGCAGCGAUUCCUGUGGAAAAUAUACAAAAUCCCAACAUACCAUUAUUACCCAUCCAAAGACCACCUCCGUCGGCUCCAAGAAAUCUUCCGCAUUUCAUGCAGAUGUUAUCCGAACCACGUCCUGUGGAUGGGGAGCCAUCUGAGAAGAAAAUCACUUCACUGCCGGUGGAAAUGAUGGUAUCGAUAUUUUCGUACCUGGACGAUAUGUCCAUGUGGAAGGCAAGUGAAGUGUGUAAACAAUGGCGGAAUAUUUUAGAAUUGAACACGUCACAGUUGAUGUGGAAAAAAUAUCUAAAAGAACGAUGGCCAUUGUUUCAGAGCAUCGCUGACGUUCCCAAUUGGUUGCAAAUGUAUUCUGCAUUGAUGUCAUCUUGUUUCUGUCGCACAUGCCUGCUCCAAAUGGCCCUCAAAUCACCACCAAGACCCCGAGAAAAUGCCAUUCGCAUGAAACUUUUGCGAAAAGAUUUUGGACUCGUAAAUAGCUAUGCCUCGGAAGGAAUAGAAGCAAUACCCAUGGACAUACAAAAUACUUAUUGGCAGGCUAGUAUUCUCGGUCCAGCUGGGAGUCCAUACGAAGGCGGAAAAUUCUUUCUAUACAUUUUCUUUCCCGAAAGCUAUCCCAUGAUUCCCCCAACCGUACGCUUCCUGACGAAAAUCCUGCAUCCUAAUGUAUCUCGUCAUGGUGAUGUUGGAAUAGAUAUCAUACAACACAAUUGGUCUCUUGCUUUGACGGUAUCAAAAUUACUUCUUUCAGUUCAGAGUUUGCUUACAGAUCCAUUUACAGAGGUCUGUAUGGAACCACAACUUGGACAUAUGUACGAGCAUGAUCGAAGGCGUUUUGAAAAUCUUGCAAGAUCUUGGACCUGGAAAUAUGCCAUGUUUGAGGUUAUUCCCCCUCGAUAAAGCUAAUUGAUAAAAUUAUUGUUUAUGUGAAUGGACAUUGCGACUGAUGCAUGAGUGCCAUGGAGUUGAUAUUUUCUGUAUGUGGCUCUCUUUUUUUUUAAACUAUUUUAAUUUAAAGUCAAAACGGUUUGAAUUUCUGCACCUAUCAUUAUCUUAAUUCUAUUAUAUACCUAUCUACAUAUAUUAUUAUUAUUAUAUAAAGCAUUAACUUUAAAUAAAAUAAAUAUAUCAU